AUGUCAAGCCACCACCACGAGUGUUGUCAAUGCGAAGGUAGUGACACUUCUUCUUCACAAGAAGCCGAGGAGUGCGAGUGCAGUUGUUGCCAUGGGCACCGGAAUGAUGUUCCUGAAAAGAAGAUGGUUCCGCCACCAAUGCGGUAUAUAAAGAAAGGGUCUGGCACUGUUGUGGGUAAUGACGAUAGUGAAGUGACCAUCAACUAUUCAAUGAAAUUCUCCAAUAUAGUAGUUGAAACUAAAAUGAAUUAUACAUUUACUAUUGGCGCUGACAUUGAUCAGAUCAUAUGCGAAGGGUUGGAACAUAUGGUGGAGUACAUGCACGAAGGUGAUAUCUGUGUGAGUGAGGUCAUGCCGGAAUUUGCUUUUGGAGCGACUGGAGACGCGACCAGAAAUAUCCCACCAAACGCGAUGGUAGUCUUCGAGGUCGAGUUAGUGUCACUUCGAAAGUUUCCGACAAUGUUUGAUAUAGUCAGCGAAGAGAUCUAUCCAUUUGCUCUAAAGAAAAAAGAAGAAGGCAACGCAUUUCUUAAACAACAAAAAGUGACACGAGCAGUUCGAGCGUAUCAGUGCGGGUUGGAAUAUUUAGAAGAAGACUAUCGAAUACCAAGGAGUGUAGGAAAUGAUGUUUUCACGUUAAGGCAUAUCCUCCACACAAAUCUAUGUGUCACUUAUUUAAAACUCCAGAAGUACAAAUUAGUGGUAGUACACGCUUCAAUAGUUAUUAAAGAGGACCAAACAAAUUGGAAAGCAUUACUGAGAAGAGGUACUGCUUAUUAUUACUUGGACAAAAUGGGGAAGGCUAAGGAAGACUUGGAAAGUACUUUGGACUACUACCCAGACUCUAAAGACGCAGAAAACUUGUUAAGAGCAGUCAGAAAGAAAAUUGCUGAAGACUUAAUGAGACAAAAAAAUUUGUGUAAGAAAAUGUUUUGA